AUGGGGGGAGAGAGAACACCCAGUUUUGGGGAGAAUGGGGAAUGCCCCUCCUCCAGUGGCAAGCCCAACCACGCAGACAUCCUGCUGGUAAACUUACAGUACGUGUCAGAAGUGGAAAUAAUCAACGACCGCACGGAAACGCCUCCCCCCUUAGCCUCCCUCAACGUCAGCAAGCUUGCCAACAAAGCACGGACGGAGAAGGAGGAGAAGAUGAGCCAGGCGUAUGGCGCCGGGGAGCUGUACCGGCAGAAACCGCGCAGCCGCUCGCUGCAGUCCACGGGCCAGGUGUUCCUGGGCAUCUACCUCAUCUGCCAGGCCUACUCCCUGCAGCACAGCACCGAGGACCGCCUGGCUUACCUGGACCACCUGCUGGGGGGCGAGCUGGCCCUGCAGCUGCUCUUCCUGCUCUACGGGCUGCUGGCCCUGGCCUUCCUGUCGGGCUGCUACGUGCGGGCGGCGGCGCAGGUGCUGGCCGUGCUGCUGCCGGGGGAACUCGACGGCAACCUGGGCUACUGGCACGCCCUGCGCCGCGUCGAGUUCUGGAACCAGAUGAAGCUCAUCGGCCAGAACGUCGGCAUCUUCGGGGCCGUGGUCAUUCUGGCCACCGAUGGUUGAGGAGGGAGGGGCGGCGUGGGC